UCACCAUGAUACUUCUGCUGCUCCGGAGAAUGAGCAGAUCCGCGUAUUCGCUUUUCUCCGCGUUGAGAGAAGCAACGGGUGUGCAUUAGAUGGCCCGAAGCUUGUCAUUAUUCGGACGGUGUUACUGCUAGAAGCCUAGCAGCUGACGCGUCGAGUUGGGGUUGCGAUAGCCGCUACCAGGGAGACGAUCUCUUGAUGGACUGUGUCUCAACUUCAUGGGAAGCGCUUGAAUAGCGCUUCAAUAUGGUAGGUGCUCGUCUAUAUAAAGGGUCCGACGUCCGCUGGCUGUCCAUGAUUCUACACUAGACAAUCCCCCAGAUACUUUGCUACUGAUAUCGUCACCGAAACCUCAAGAUGCAGGUCAAGCACAUUCUUUCUCUUUAUCUACUCGGAGCCUCCUUGGUGUCCGCUCAUCCUGGCCACGAGGAGAAGCGGGCAUCUAACGAGCUGCUGGCGUUCAAGGCCCACGUCCGUCGUGGUCUUUCGCUUUGUGCGCGCUCUUUCGAUGAGAGUGGUCUCAAUGCGCGCGCCCUUGCUCGCCGUGCGAAGCUCGCCAGCGAGUACCGGCGCCGUAAGCUAGCCGUUCGUGACACCGACGACGUGCUCAACACCUCUCACCUGUCCUCGGCCGACUACACGACCUCGACCGACGAGACGGAGAUUUUCACCAGCACUGGCACCUGCGUUCUCAACCCCGAGGGCGAGAUAGGCCCCUUUUGGGUUAGCGGAGAGCUGAUCCGCUCGGACAUCAUCGAGGACCAGGCCGGUGUCCCCGUUGUGCUGGAUAUUCAGUUCGUCGAUGUCAGCACCUGCCAGGCCGUCGAGGGCCUGUACAUUGACACCUGGAGCUGCAACGCAACCGGUGUGUACUCUGGCGUGAGCGGCAACGGCAACGGCAACAGCGCGGACACCUCCAUCCUCGACGAGACCUUCUUGCGUGGUAUCGCCAAGACGGAUUCGGACGGUGUGGUAUCUUUCAACGCUCUCUUCCCCGGUCACUACUCGGGCAGAACGAAUCAUCACCAUAUCGUCGCCCAUCUGAAUGCCACCUUGCUUCCCAACAACACCUUGACCGGCGGCACAGUCCCUCAUAUCGGCCAGCUCUUCUGGGACCAGUCCCUCAUCGACGAAGUGGAAGCUACUUCACCCUACAGCACCAACACCAUCGAACAGACCACCAACGCCGAGGACCGCGUCUUCUCGGACGAGACCUCUGGCACCACCUCGGACCCGGUGUUCAACUACGUCCUCCUCGGAGACACUGUGGAGGAUGGAUUGCUGGGUUGGGCCACUGUGGCUGUCGACCUAACAGCAACCUACACACCUACCUAUAGCUUCGUUUACACCUCCAGCGGCAGUGAGGCUGUGUCUGGUAGUUCAGGUAGCAGUGGUAGUGCUCCUGGCAGCAGCGGCAGCGCCCCUUCUGGUGGCAUGGGUGGUGGACCUGGCGGAUUCUGAGCGUCUUGGGUCUGAUAUAAAGUUAGGGGAGUCACUGCUCUCCCCAGCAUGUCUAAUUGUCGUUUGUUGAAGUUGUGUGUCUUGACAGUUUAGAGGAUGUCACUCGUUUGGCGAUAGUCUCCCUCUCUGCAACUGAAAUUAUUUGUGCUGCGUUUAUGUACAGCACUUGUAUUGUAAUCACUUUGAAAAGCGCAAAGUAUUUGAUAUUCAAUACUCAAGACCAUCAAGCUUGACUCCUUGAAACAUACGGAGUGUUCGCCAUCAUCGGCUCUACCCGCGUCGGGGAAAGUUUUCCUCUCGGCCGAGGUUAACCACAUUCCAACGUCAGUCAUGGACUCAUGAAAUAUGAAAUGUCAUCAUCCACCAUCUCGAAUAUCGACAAGUAAUCGAAUUAUCAAAAUGGAACCUCGUCCCAAACCAACACCAAGUAAAAGCUUCCUCAAAUAUCACGCUGGCUGGCGUCGUGUGGUCAGCCACUUUAGCCCAUC